UGCUCGCUUUUUCUCGUCCUAUGGCCCACACUACAUUCUACAGUCCAGUAGAUAGCGGUAUGAAGCUUUCAAGCCAUGGCUGCAAACUGACACUAAGAAGAAGAAGAACUAUAGCCGAUUGCUUGAUUCUCUCGCGAGAUCUGACAACACUGUCGCGUGAACAAAACAAAGACGAAGAAAAAUCAAAAUGGCGUUUGAUGAAGAUGACGGAGAAGACGUUAUUGUGGUUAUUAUAGUACGUUUUUCUAAAUCAGUACGUACACGUACACAUAUAUGCUGUGUAAUAGAGUAAACAUAGUUAACAUAAACAUACAUCUGUAUUCGGGUACAUUAGUCCGAGCGCACUUUAGAGCUCAUUGUGCUAGCUUAGCGUGCUAGUUAGCUUAGCGUGUUAGCCGCUAACAAAGAGAGGCGGAAGUGAUGAAAACACAUUGCUAAGCAGAGAUCAAGUGUGAGUGUAAAGUGUUGUGAUUGUGUGAAAAUGUGCGAAAGAACGAUAGCAGAGUACGAGGAGGAACUUUGUCCAACAAAAGAGGAGAAGGAGCGACAACAUCAACUACUGGACGCUGUUUUCAAGAAACAUCAAGUUGUGUUACACAGAACAGACGUCCAGUGGCGUCCGCAUAUUGAAGAGGAUGAUCUGCAUACCCCUCAUGUAAAAGAGGAAGUGGAGGAGCCACAACCCCCACACAUUAACAAAGAAGAGAAGAGAGAGUGUCCUAUAGGGCAGGAGGAGGCUGAUCUCACCAAGAUUCCACUGACUGUUGUCUCUGUGAAGACUGAAGAGCAUGAAGACAAACCACCUGAGUCCUCACAGCUUCAUCACAGUCCAAACGUCCGACAGCUGAUUGGACUUCCUCAUCCGAUGGGAGCCAGCUCCGUUUUGAAGCAGGAGGAGCCACGGUCCCCUCGCAUUAAGGAGGAAGAUGAGGAAGUGUGGAUCACUCAGGUGGGAGAGUGUCCUGUAGGGCAGGAGGAGGCUGAUCUCACCAAGUUUCCACUGACUGUUGUCUCUGUGAAGACUGAAGAGCAUGAAGACAAACCACCUGAGUCCUCACAGCUUCAUCACAGUCCAAACGUCCAACAGCCGAUCGGUCGUCAAGAAGAACGUCCCCCUCACUCGCUGGAAGAGAGCUCCUCUUUAAAGCAAGAUGAGCCACAACCGCCCCACAAUAAAGAGGAAGAGGAGGAACUCUGGACCUCUGAGGAGGGAGAGUGUCCUGUAGGGCAGGAGGAGGCUGAUCUCACCAAGUUCCCACUGACUGUUGUCUCUGUGAAGACUGAAGACCAUGAAGACAAACCACUAGAGUCCUCACACCUUCAUCACAGUCCAAGUGAGGAGAACAGAGCCGUGGAACCUUCAAGAAGCAACUCACCACAACACAUGACAACAGAAGCUGAUGGAGACCACUGUGGAGGAUCACAAGCAGACAAGCUCUUAGCUCCACUAUCAGAUAGUGAGGACACGUUAAAUGUUAACGUAAAUAUAGAAUCGCACAUGAGAACACACACGGAAGAAAAACCCUUUGGUUGUUCAGUUUGCGCAAAAGGCUUUUUUAAAAACUUUAAUUUGACUCGACAUAUGCGGACGCACACGGGAGAAAAACCCUUCAGUUGUUCAGUUUGCGGUAAAACAUUCUCUGUCCAAAGUGCACUGAAAUCCCACCAGAGCAUACACACAGGUGAGAAAACAUUUGGUUGUUCAAUGUGUGCAAAAGGCUUUUUUGUCAAAUCUAGUUUGACCAAACACAUGAGGAUACACACAGGAGAAAAUGUGUAUAGUUGUUCAGAUUGUGGCAAAAGAUUCUGUGACAAAAGUACAAUGCAAAUACACAUGAGAAAACACACAGGAGAAAAACCUUUUAGCUGUUCUGAGUGUGGUAAAAGAUUCUCUGUCAAAUCUUCAAUGCAAAAACACAUGAGAACGCACACAGGAGAAAGACCUUUCAGCUGUUCCGUCUGCCCAAAACGCUUUCUUGUAAACUCUCAUUUGACUCUCCACAUGCAGACGCACACAGGAGAAAAACCUUUCAAGUGCUCAAACUGUGGCAAAAAUUUCUAUGGAAGAGCUAGAAUGCUGACACACAUGAGAACGCACACAGGAGAAAAGCCGUUCUGUUGUUCGGUGUGCGAUAAAGGGUUCUCUGUCAAGGGUGCAAUGAAGUCACAUAUGAGGACGCACACAGGAGAAAAACCGUUCAGCUGUUCAGUGUGCGCCAAAAGAUUCUCUGUCAAAAAUAGAGUGCAAAUGCACAUGAACACGCACACAGGAGAAAAACCAUUCAGUUGUUCAGCAUGUGAGAAAAGGUUCUCUAAAAAAGAGAACAUGCAAAGACACAUGAGAACACACACGGGAGAAAAACCCUUUAUUUGUACAGUGUGCGCUAAAAGAUUCUCCGUCAAAUAUAAAAUGCAAAUACACAUGAACACGCACACAGGGGAAAAACCAUUCAGUUGUUCAGUGUGCGAGAAAAGAUUCUCCAAAAGGGAGAACGUGCAAAGACACAUGAGAACACACUCAGGAGAAAAACCUUUCGCUUGUUCGGUGUGUGAUAAAAGAUUUUCCGCCAAACAUCAAGUGCAAUUUCAUAUGAGGACACACACAAAGGAGAAAAACAUUUCAGUUCAGUGUGAGAUAAAAGACUCUCUGCUCAAAGUAAAAUGCAGUUACACAUGAGAACGCACACAGCAGAGAAACCUCUCAAUUAUUCAACUUGUAACAACAUUAAUUUUUGAAAAAUAGGUAUUGAAAGGCCCUGCGAUGAGUUGAAAGGCCCUGCGAUGAGGUGGCGACUUGUCCAGGGUGUACCCCGCCUUCCGCCCGAUUGUAGCUGAGAUAGGCUCCAGCACCCCCCGCGACCCCAUAAGGGAUAAGCGGUAGAAAAUGGAUGGAUGGAUGGUAUUGAAAGACAUGAGAAAACACACAGGAGAAUAACUGCUUCUUUUUGAAAGUCCUCUAUUAAUGAUCAACUUUAUUAAGGUCGUUUUUGUGACGGCUGCAUCAGACAGCUCAAAGGAAGUGGAUCUGUAAAUGACUUGUUGAUACAGAGCAGAUAUAAGUUGUACUUCUUUCUGCUCUUUUUCGGUUAAUGCUAAAUGCUGUUGUUGCAUUUGUCUCUAUAAACGAUUGAAAAAAAACAACAAUGAAAAAAUGGACUCCAGCAGAGUCAGUAAUGGUCUACUAAAGGGCAUUUUCUAAAGUCCGGACUCGGGUCCAGAUCUGACCACCAGGCACGCCAAUCUGGACCGAGCCAUCCAGCCUUGUGAUAGAUUACACAACACUUGAGUUUCUUUGACAUAGUUGUUAAAAUGGGUCGUAUUCACACGUCACACCCUGACCUUUUAUUAUUGAAUGUAUCAAAUGUGAUGAAUAUUUAAUGGACCACAAUGGAAACAAGCCUUUUGGAUUUUUGUGCCAUCCAUUUGCCUUUUUAAAGCAUUACAUGGAUUCAAUUCUUUAAGAUGUCAAUAUACUUAUCAAUCAAUCAAACCUUUAACCCGGUGACCCUGACAUUUGGUUAAAAAAAAACAAAGUCCAUCAUGAAGAAUAAUGAUCAUUCAUAUGUCUGUAUUUUUAUUUGGGGCCCUGUUGAUACUUCUUUUAGAUACACAUCCUGUUCCAACACACACUCCGCAGUUCGCCCAGCAUCAGGCUGUGUUGACCUUUGACCCCGCCCUGAUGGAAUUAGACACACGGUCAGGAUCACUUGAGGUCAUCAGUAUACUCCCGCAUAUGAUUAAUGUGUAAUAAUGGUUAAUAACUAAGAACCAUGACGUGUGUAGAUAAUAGGGGUGUGGGAAAAAAUCGAUUCGAAUUCGAAUCGCGAUUCUCACGUUGUGCGAUUCAGAAUCGAUUCACAUUUUUUAAAAAUCGAUUUUUUUUAAUUUUUUAUAUAUAUAUAUAUAUAUAUAUAUUUUUUUUUUGAAUUAAUCAA